AUGUCAAACGUCCGUAUUUCUAAUGGGAGCCCUACCCUGGAGCGCAUGGAAGCCAGGCAGUCGGAGUACCCGAAGCCGUCAGCUUGCAGGAACCUCUUCGGGCCGGUGAAUCACGAAGAGUUAAACAGGGACUUGAAGAAGCACCGCCAGGAGAUGGAGGAGGCAUGCCAGAGGAAGUGGAAUUUCGAUUUCCAGAAUCACAAGCCGCUGGAAGGCAGGUACGAGUGGCAAGCCGUGGAGAAGGGGAGCUCGCCCGACUUCUACUUCAGAGCCCCCAGGCUACUGAAAACUGUCUGCAAGUCCGCCGGCCGCCAGAGCUUGGAUGUAAACGGGAAUUGCCAAACCGUGGUUUUUGUCGGUUCUCAGGGAAUCUCAGAGGACACUCACUGUGUAGAUCAAAAGACUGAUGUUUCUGAAAAUCAGACGGACUUUGCAGAGCAGUGCACUGGGCAGAGGAAAAGACCUGCCACCGAUGAUUCCUCUCCUCAAAAUAAAAGAGCCAACACAACAGAAGAAGAGGUUUCAGAAGACUCCCCCAGUGCCAGUUCAGUGGAGCAAACACCCAAGAAAUCAAGCCCAAGAAGACAUCAAACGUAAACCGUUUAGAGCGGAGGAUGUGCGUGUCCUCGUUCAUCGGGUGCGGCGGGGGGCGAUGAAGCGAGGAAGAUGUAAAGUUGUAGUGGAAACGAAAAUACAUAUCGCCGAUCUCCGUGGGGUGGAGGUCCUGUACAAGCACUGAAAAAACAACAGCAACAAAACAAAAACAACAAAAAAAAAGCAAACAAUAACACUAAAAUUUUAGGCACUCUUAAAAGACCUGCCUCUAAAAGCAUUGGAUGUAGCAUUGUGCAAUUAGGUGUUUCCUUAUUUGCUUCAUUGUACUACCUGUGUAUAUAGUUUUUACCUUAUGUAGCACAUAAACUUUGUUGGGAGGGGGGAGGGAGUGGAAGAUUGGAACCGAUUGGAACUUGCUUUCACAAUCUAGCAAGUAAAGAAAUGUAUGAAGAGAAGCAGUGUAGGUUUUUUUUAUUACUUAAAGAUGUAUUGUCCCUUUA